CAUUCUCACUUAAAUGGAUAUCUGCUGACCAGAAGCUAGAGGGUUGACGAUUAGCAUCAGAUGGUGACUGCGUCUUACAAUUUCUGUCCCUGUGUCUGAGGGAGAUAGUCUGGGUGCUGUGGAAAUGAACGGAGAACAGCAGCUUGACACAGAUGCUGGAUCUGGUGUGGAGGAAGUGGAAUUUAACUGGGAUGAAUAUCUAGAAGAUACAGGAUCCAUAGCAGCUCCGCAUGGGUCUUUUAAGCAUGUGGACACAAGUCUUCAGAAUGGAUUUGCCCCUGGCAUGAAACUAGAGGUUGCUGUAAAAUCUGACCAUGAAACUUACUGGGUUGCUACUAUCAUUACUACAUGUGGACAGUUACUCUUGUUGCGUUACGAUGGCUAUGGAGAGGACCGAAAAGCAGAUUUCUGGUGUGACAUCAGGACAGCUGAUUUACACCCCAUCGGCUGGUGUGAGCAGAAUAAGAAGAUUCUCAAAGUACCUGAAGGUAUCAAGGACAAGAUUUCUGACUGCAAUGAGUUCCUACGGGAGACUUUGAAGGGAGCAUGUAGUGCUCCUUCUAACCUGCUAGAGGGCCUUCAUAAAGGGAAGAAUCCUUUGGAUCUCAUUGCACCAGGCUCAAGACUGGAAUGUCAAAAUUUCCAGGAUUCUUUAAGCACUUGGAUUGUUAAUGUAGCAGAUAAUAUUGGGGGAAGAUUGAAGUUGCACUAUGAAGGUCUGGAGAAUUCUGAUCAGAUGUUUGAACAGUGGUUAUUUUAUCUGGAUCCAUUCCUUCAUCAAAUUGGUUGGGCAUCUCAGCAGGGAUAUGAUCUUCAGCCUCCAACAGCCAUCAGGCAUUUGAAAAGUGAGGCAGAAUGGCGGGACAUCUUAACCAGAAUUAAAGAGGAAGAAGAAGAAUCAGUGAUACCCUCUGACUUAUUUAAGGAUAAACCGGUAAUUGGUCAUCACACAUUCUCUGUAAGCAUGAAAUUGGAAGCGCUAGACCCCUUGGCCCCUUUUGCUAUUUCUCCUGCUACAGUUGUGAAGGUGUUCAAUGAGAAAUAUUUUUUGGUGGAAAUCGAUGAUUUGCGACCAGAGAAUCCCACAAGACGAUCCUUUGUGUGUCAUGUUAAUAGUGCUGGCAUUUUCCCAGUACAUUGGAGUUUGAAGAAUGGUUUACAUCUCAGCCCUCCUCCUGGCUACCCAAAUCAGGAUUUUGACUGGGCAGAUUACCUCAAACAGUGUGGUGCUGAAGCUGCUCCACAAAGUUGCUUUCCUUUGCCAAUUUCAGACCAUGGCUUUAAGGAGAACAUGAAGCUUGAGGCAGUGAAUCCUACUGACCCUGAAGAAGUAUGUGUUGCUACUAUUACUGCAGUUAAAGGUUCAUACCUGUGGCUCCAGUUGGAGGGCUCUAAAAAGCCAGUACCUGAAUGCAUUGUAAGUGUGGAAUCCAUGAAUAUCUUCCCUGUGAGUUGGUGUGAAACCAAUGGAUACCAACUCCGAUCUCCUCGUCGAGCAGUAGUGAAUAAGCAGAGGAAAGUUGCAGUGGUUCAACCAGAAAAACAAAUCAUACCUUCAAGGAUGGUCCAUGAAAAUCUGAAGAACCAGGAGCCAAAUCCUCCAGACUCAGUCACAAUUAAUGGAAAAUACUUCUGUCCAAAGAUCUACUUCAACCACCGUUGCUUCUCAGGGCCUUAUCUCAACAAAGGAAGAAUUGCUGAACUGCCUCAGUGUGUAGGACCAGGAAACUGUGUUCUGGUUCUUAAAGAGGUUCUCACAUUGCUGAUCAAUGCAGCCUACAAACCAAGCCGUGUUCUUCGGGAGCUUCAGCUAGAUGAAGAUUCUGUGUGGCAUGGACAUGGGGAAACUCUAAAAGCCAAAUACAAAGGAAAAAGCUAUCGUGCUACAGUUGAGAUAGUGAGAACAGCUGAUCGGGUGACCGAUUUCUGCCGGAAAACCUGUAUAAAAUUGGAAUGCUGUCCUAAUCUCUUUGGUCCUCAGAUGGUUCUGGACAAGUGUUCUGAGAACUGUUCUGUACUGACAAAGACCAAAUACACACACUAUUAUGGAAAGAAGAAAAAUAAAAGAAUUGGGCGGCCACCCGGUGGGCAUAGUAACUUAGAGUGCGUCAUGAAGAAAACAAACAAGAGACGGAAGAGGAGAAAGAACUUCUUUGUCCAUAAGAAGAAGCGCUCCUCAGCAUCUGUUGAUAACACACCAGCAGGCUCUCCCCAGGGCAGUGGGUGUGAAGAUGAUGAUGAUCAGGAUGAAGUAGAUGAAGAAUCUCUAAGUGAAGAUAGUGCCUCUGAACAGCCAGAUGAGCUGCAGGAAGAAUCAGAAGUGUCAGAAAAGAAAUCAUGCUCUUCCUCUCCUACCCAAAGUGAAUUGUCUCAUUCAUUGGCUCAGGAUCGAGACAAGAGAAAAAGAAAACUUCGCACUUUUUCUUUCUCUGAUGAUGAGAAUAAACCUCCUUCACCAAAGGAAUUGAAGAUUGAAGUUGCUGAAAAACUGCAGCUAGACAGUAACCCACUGGAGUGGAGUGUGGCUGAUGUUGUGCGGUUCAUCAAAUCUACAGACUGUGCUCCAUUAGCAAGAAUAUUCCUGGAUCAGGAAAUUGAUGGGCAGGCCCUACUACUCCUUACCCUUCCCACUGUUCAAGAGUGCAUGGACUUGAAGUUGGGCCCUGCUAUCAAGCUUUGCCAUCAUAUAGAAAGGAUCAAGUUUGCCUUUUAUCAGCAGUUUGCUAACUGAGAAGGAUGGCCAAGGUGAACUGGACCUUUGAAGCACAAAUGCAGUGAGCCAUUGGUCCCUCUCUGAGAUGGCAUGCUAACUUUGGUGACCUCCAUAUGUCUGCUUGCUGUGAUUUUGCACUUUCAGGGAAGGAAGACCACACACAUUGAAGUAAAACAAUGCACACUAAGUGUCUACCCUGCCAAUGGAAUUGUGGUAGUCCUUUGUUCAUCAGAUUACAAUUUUUUUUUAAAUAAAAGAUUGUGGGAAAAGAGACUCCUGUGAGGAGAAUAAGUGUUUCACAAAUUCAGGUGGUGUGGACUAAGAACUAAGAGUAAUAUCCUAAGCUGCUGGAAAAUACUUUUUCUGUUCCUCCUUUUCUUUUUGUUCUUUUCCAUGGUAGGUUGACAUGUUCCCUGUUUCCUUUUCUUGGGAAAAGAGAACAUGGCUUUAACUUGGCACUGAUAUAAGGCUACACCUUAAGGAAGACCAGUGCUCCAUUUACAAUUUUCUUUUUAAGCUUUUUAAAACUAAAAGCAGCUCAUUGGGGAAUGUUUUGUGGAACCAGGGCUUUAUAUGUGUAUAGUUCCAUUUUAGCCCAUUUAAAAAGCUUUUCCUGGGGAUUUCUUUUUGUUACUAACUCUGUUGACAAUUGUAGUUAACAGUUCUGGGUGGGAUUUUUUUCCUGUGAUGCUUGUUUUGCUGUCACCAUAACAAUAAGGAAUUAUGUAAGACGAAAGUUGCAGAAAGACAUUUAAAAAACUAUAGUGAAAAAACGUGUGGCAACUUAUAACAGUUCCUGACUGACCUAAACCCAAAAUUCUCAUGUCAUACUUUACAGAGAUCUCUUCCAUUUUUGGCACUGGUCAGCUAGUUAAGUGGCAUAUCAAAGGUUUGUUAGUAAUUUAAUUGAAUAGGUUUCUCUUGAGCUUCUCAAGGAUUUUAUUAUUCUUUUCUCCUACAGUGGCUUCCCCAUUCUGUCUUGUCUCAAGGUUCCUUUCUUCAUCUAGCUAACAUUCAUUUGACAAACAGGCAAGCCUCCUUUUGCUCCAUUCCCAGCCCUACCAAGUAGUUAGUACUUCUAAUUAAGCCAAGUAGUUAAAACAUUAGUUUUAUUCAGGAACCUGGAGCACAAGUUGAAAAUCCUCAUUCUGUGGAGGUGGUUUAAAAAUCCAAAAAGAAGUUGAAAAGUCAGAGAAUUUUUGGACCUCUGCACAGUUUUUAAACUACUCUGAUUUAACUGCAGGGGAAUCUCAGGAUAGCAUGUCAUCCACAUUAAGAUGAUCCUGGUAGAACCAAUCUAUAGCUCUUUUAAAAUUUAUACCAUCUUUUUAGUAUUUAUGGGCCUGCUUUAAGUUAAAUUGAAAAUCCAAGUGAAUUUGCUUUCCACAAUUAUGCUGUUGGGAGGCUUCAGCAGAACUGUCCAGCUGAGAUUUCUUGAUUUCAUUGUGGAUAGGGAAAAAAGAAGUGUGCGCUCACCCCCUGUAAAUUAUGAAUUUUGAUGAAAAUCUUACUGGAUUAUCCCCAGUCACCAAUAUAUUAUAUUCAGACCAUCCCUCUUCUUCAUAUUCUACUUUAGAUUUCCCCACACCUACUAACUUAUUGAUUAGGAAUUCUCAUUGCAGGUACAGACAACAGAGCUUAUAAGGUCUGGAUCCUCUGUACCAUUAAAUAGUAAGUGAACUCCCUUAAAUUAGAACCUAUAGCCAAAUGACAAUAAGCACCAGUUAUUACAGUGCAUUUUGAGGAGGUAUUCAAUAAGUAUGUCUAAGUAAAUAAGGCAUCUGUUUAUUUUGGUCAACAUUCAGUAGCUUCUAGAUGGUUCUCUUGCUACUUGGAUACUUCAGUGGACCAGUGAGUUCAUCAGGGUAAGUACUCCUUUUGGUAAUGCAGGUACUCAUGUCCUUGGAUCUUUCAGAACUCUUUGUCUGUGUCCUUCCUGUAAAUUCUGCACAGAAGGUCCAUUCAAAGUGCUAGGAACUUCCUCUGGUUCUCCCAAAACUGCACCUAUAUCAGUGGGGGCUGACUAUCAUUAUACUUUGUUCUGGACAUCAUCUCUCUAGGCAAACAUCUUUCUGAUGUCAUCCUUUAUACCACCUCUUUUGUGUAAUUUUUGGUUGGUAAAAAUGAAUGCUUUGCAACUUGUCCAUCACUACCUUGAAGUCCUUUCUUACCCUUUGGUGACCCUCAACUUUAAUUCUUCUGGACCUGUGGAACUCCAUCACUAGGACUCAUUCAGCACCACUGGAAGCAUUCUACUGGGCAAGGAAGGAUAAUAAGGUCCCAAAAAGUACUGAACACUUUCCUAAAGGCAGUCCAACUUACUAUCUUCCUCUUUGAUUUGUGCCCCAGACCACUAUCUACGCACAAUAUUUGUCCAAGAUAUGUGUGCUAAUGAUAAGACAAUGCUACAGACUGGUUGCAACCAAGUACAUGUCAUACUCUACAGAGUAGACAUUCUUCAUCAACUCAGUUUUUCCAGUGUGGAUAAUUAACCAUGUGUUUCACUGGGACAGAUUUCCAGAACUUUGGGUCACCUCCACGACAAGGCAUCAAAGUAGCACUGUGUUGGAGGUCUCUCAUAUUAAAAAGUUUUAAUGUAAGUAAAUUAUAGCAUAAUGAGUAAAGAUAAUUGCAUAUUUCAGUAUAAAGAUUGGUCUGGUGAAGGAGUGGGGGGAAAUGUGUGCUAUUUUGCAUUAACUAGAAAGGUCACUUUUUGGUAUCUUGAUUAAUAAAAUUUUCUUCUGAUCCUAACUACCCAGUAGUGGAAUCAAUUCAAUUGAUAGUUCUGGGAAGGUUAAGGAAAAUUCCUCUCACCCCCAAAUAGUAUUAGAAUUUUAUAAUUGGGAGUUUGGAUUCAUAUAUUUCCCAUCUUAAUUAGGAAAAUUAAAUAUCCCUUUCACUAAAUACCACAAUUGAGAUGUUACUUUCCUCAAAAAUCUAUUUUUACUUCCAAAGGAACCAUAUAAUUCUGGAACUUAAAAAGGGGACCUAAGGGAUAAAUCUAGUACAACUCUCCAGUUUUAUGUUUGGGGAAAAUUGAAGCCCCAAGAAGGUGGUGACUUUACAAAAUUAAACAAGCUGGUCAAUAAUAUAACCUGAAAGAGGGGCCUGGGUGUUUUGCCUUCUCAGUCUAAGGCUCCUUUCACUGCUCAUAUUUCCGUCCUUCUACCCAAUCCCACAAUAUUUUAACAUGCUCUCAAUAUUUGUACUAUAUAAACUAAGUAAAAUCUCAGGGCCAUUUUCUUGGAAGGAGAGCAUGACUUAAGACUGAAGCAUUCAUGCCUGGGAAUUUUCUACCAAACUUCUAUUGCAUUACUCCCUCAAUAAAUAGAAUUCCUUCAGCAACUGUGUUAAAGAUGCAGAGUUAAACUCAAGAAAAAAACUACCUGGAAAUCCCAUGUGGAAGCAAUAGUUUGGGAAUGUUUGGUAUGUUGUUGUGUCCUUUAAAAUAUACAUUUCACCUUUGUAUUAGUGUAAGUAAUUAAAGCAGUAACCUUACUUUGUUUUGUUGGAAAGGUUAGAAGACUAUGAUGAUGUGAGCUGGGAGCAUUAACUAAACCUUAGUAUUUGAUAUCCAUUCUCUUCUCUCUGGGUAUUUCCUCCUCCAAUCACACCAGUUCCCUGGUGAUUCUUAUUGAAGUUUUUUCAUAGAUGUUCUACGGAGGAGUCAUCCAGCCUGAGGGAGGUCUUCUUUUGGUUCUUCACUGUCUCAGGGUUACUAAUGUAAUUCCCAGGCUGUCCAUCUGUUGUUUUGCUAGACAGCUGAUCCACCUCCUUUUCUGGCUAACAUGACCUCCAAAAUGUCAUUGGGAUCCCCACUUCUUGUGGGCAUGUUAUCAUUGUGAACACGAAACAGUUUCUUUACACCCAUAAUUCAUAUUUCUGUUGCCCCGUGGGUUACCUACAACUUAGAGUCAUUCAAGAUCAUGCUGUUCCAUUGUGUGUAGCCUGGUAGUUUGGGAUUGUUGAAAGUACUACAGGAUUUUCCAGAUUUGAUUCAGCCUAAACUCCAUUCUCAGCCUAGCUCAUCAUUCACUUGCAGCAGCUAUGCCAGUAUAUACAUGAAUCAGCAUAAAUGAGUUGCACAUUACAUAUCACAGCCUGGGAAAUACAAAAUUUUUCAUCCAUUUUAUUUUUAUUCUAUAUAAGGUUAGACCUCUCUCCUUUUCAUUGCUGUGAUCUGAGGAGGUGGUGUUUUUGUUUAGUUUUUGUUUUUUAGUAUGUUAGGGCUUGAUGCAGUUGAUACAAUGUUGUCUGUGAAUAAGAGCAUUUGGAAAACCUCACUGUCUAUGUUUGAAAUGCAUAUAUUUUUCGUUAUACUAGAGAACACUUUGGGUGACCAUAUUAGUCCCUUUUUUAUACCUUACUUGAUCAAUCAAUAAGCAUUUAUUAAACACCUACUAUGUGCCAGGCAAUAGGUCACAGACACUAGGGAUCCUUGAUUUUAGUACUCAACAGAUUGCUUAAGAAAGUUAUCUUUAAAGUUAAUGUUAGUCUAAUAUGUUUCUAAUGUACAUGUGGGAGAUAGCCUUCUUAGAAGAGAGCCUUCAAGGAUAUAGUUUGUUCUGCUGAGUCAGAUGCUUUUUAAAAAAAUAAUAAACAGUAGAUACAUUGAUUCUUGCUAUAGUAAGACUUAGGAAAGCCUGCUCGUUUCUUUUUCAUGUUUUCAUUGAGGAUACCUUUGACAAUUAUGCAGGCCAUUCUCCUAAAGAUGUUAUAGAACUUCGAAAAUGGGUAUAUGGGUUAACAGUUGUGGAAAUCUUCUCAAUCACACCAUCUGUGGUCUUUUCUAUUCUUUCAGAAUAUUUUCCUUUUUGAAAUAGCUUGAAAAUGGAGUGCCUUGACAAUGACCACCUUGAGCACAGAUUUCUUCUAUAUGCAUUUUGUCAGAUCAGCCAUUUUUCCCCAAAUUCAUCUUAAGUGCUGUCACCACUUCUUUAUGUAGUAUUUUGGGUAUUGAAAUGGCCAAGUACAUGUAUGGUAGUUAAAUUCAUACAAAUGAUUAAGGAAACCAGUAUGAUAAAGGUGUUGGCCAGUGCAUCCUAUUUCAUGUCUGUUGUCAUCCCCAACCACAAUCCAGUUUUGUCUGCAGAUGUUCUCAGGAUGACCUAGCUCUGCUUGGUCUCACUUCAUAUUCUCAGCCAAAUCAUUUUUACCCACAAUUGCUUUUGUGUUAUUUUGUAAAGUGAUAAUGCUCUUAAUCUUCCAUCAUCCUUUUCAGCAAAUAAGCUUAUACACUAAACCAAUGGUGUCCUUGGCUACCAUUUCUCUACCCUUGGCAAGAAGAUUAAGUGUUUGUUGCUGCGGCAUUUUCUGGGAUCUUUUGGCCUAUUCACUCUAGUGACUGCUUUGUAUCAUUUAAAUUUUUCUUAAAAAUCAUGACAAUGCCUUUUUGUCAGUUUAUUUUUCAUUUUUUGAAAUUAGUAACUUGUUUCAACAGAUCAGGUUUCAAGGAGUAUCUUAUAUUCAUUCAUAGACUUGCUUUUAAUUUGAUACUUACUUUCCUAGAUUUAGUUAAGGAAACAGAGACCCAGAGAAGUUGACUUGCUCAUUUUACUAGGGAUGAAGUGAUGGAGUGAGGACUUGAAUGCAGGCUUCUCUGCCUCUCACUCUCUCUUCAUAUCACCAUGUUGUUCCUCUUAAAACUACCCAGCUCUUUUCUUCUUUAGCCUUUGCUUUAACCAGCUGAGAUGGCUAUCGGAUCAGCAAUUAGUCUUUUCCAUAAUAAAAUUAUUAAAGUGUAGUCAUUUUUAUUUUUCACAUUGUGGUUAAGUGCUUACCAUAUCCAGAAUCUUCUGAGUGUCUUAGAGUCACAUAGCUUCUGGGGAGCCAGCAGUCCUUGAACUUCUUUGAUUUCUUGAUCUCAAACUAUAUUUACCAACAUGAUUUUUGUCUUCUUCUCCUACACUUGUUUUCAUGUUGAAGUCACCAAGUAUGGGGAUAUAUGUUGACUUAAUUUUGAAAAUUUUGUUAGUUUUAUCAAGAGUUUUUCCUAUCCAUCCUCUACAAUGUAAGAUAUUGUGUAAGCUUCAGUUAUUUUCCUGGUCUGUUUGCUUACAUUCAUUACAAGGACUGCAAGGCAAGAUAACCAAGUAUCCUUUGAUACAAUGAUGUUGCCUUUGGAAAAACUAUGAAACCAACUCUGCCAACUCCGUUAUUCAUCUUGCUGAGGAAAAUAUGCAAGUUGUCCUUCCAUUUAUUUAGCUGUAGCUUCUUUGUCUUCUCAUUUCAUUUAUAACAAAAAAUGCCAGUAUGUACAUGGUUAACUUCCUCUAGUAUUCCAGCCUGUUGGUAGUUUGACAGAGACGAGUACCAACUGUUAAAUUAAUGUUUGUAGACAGUCUGGAGCCAUGUGAUUCUUAGCAUCUCUUGCCACCUUUCCCACUAUCCACCCCCGUCUAAGAGAAAGAAACGAUCGACUUUGAAUUUUCAAAAGGGAUGAUUCUUCUUGAUUGCAUAAAAUAUUUCUAUGCUAGAUAUAGACAUAUGUGCUCUUCAUUUCUUGGGGAAAAUUGUCUUCGGUUGCUGUAUUCAAAGAGAAUUCAUUGUAGAAUAAUCAUAUUUGCCUAGAUUUCAUUUCCAGGUAGUACUCUUUGUUUACUUUAGUCUAACAGGAUAAGUCUUCCAUAACUGUGUGCUCAUCAUGUAUUGACAACUUUAGAAAUAUACUAAUAUGCUGUAGUUUUCCUCUAGGUCCCUCAAAAUUUAACAGGGUGAUUAAUAACUUGUUUCUGCUUGGUUGUGGUGUUAGGUAAAUCAUUUAAACUACAUAUACUGUGGGUUCUGGGGAAUUGUGGUUAGGGCUUUAGGUAGUGGAGCCAUCCAGACAAACCACAGUAGGACUCUAGUUUUCAUAUUAUCCUUGCUUAUUUUGCAGUAUAUUCUGAGGACAGGGCACAUUAUAUCUACCAGCCUUCUGGCAGAGAUAUGAAUACUUAAUUAUUCCACUAGUAAGCCAGAUAUCAAACUUGGCUUUUUUGUGCCUCUUUUUCCAGGAAUUAAAAUUGAACUCACUGUGAGAUAGGGAACAUUGGACCAUAGCUUCUUCAGAACUUGAUUCAACCUAACUUUCUACUUGGUACCAGUUCAGCAGGUGAUCUGGGAUUUGAAAUAGGCUCAGAACGAUUGGAAUUGCUCUAUUGGGGUCAGAUCUUAGAACCAUGUCCCUAAAAGGAAGGUAAAAGUUUUUUGGGAGGAAUGUACAGAGAACAUCAGGGAGUUUUAGGAGCAUGUGGGUUGUGACACAAAUGGGGGCACUGGGAUAAACUAUUAAAGAGGCUUUUAUUUAUCUGGCGUGUUCACCAAAGACUUUUCUUAUGAUUAAGAUGUUGGGAGAAUUGAGUUAUUCCUAUUCUCAUUAAUGUUUUGAGAGAAAAGCCAGGAGCUAAGUCCAUGGCAGAAGCGAAUACAGGACUUGGUCUCUAAGCAUGUGUUUGUAGGGAAUGUUUGUUUAGUUUCAGUUUUAAAAAGUAAUUUAACACUUUUCUGUAUUAUCAGUAGGAGACUCAUUGGCCUUAUGAAGCUGAUGAGAAGGGGAUACCGUCAGUAUUGGUGGGAAUCAGUGCCCCUUCUAUGAAGCUGAACUGGUUGGUUCUGGGUCAUUACAGUAUGUGGAGGGCUGCCUCAAAACCAUUGUAGAAAGUAAGCCUACCAUAAAGCCAAAAAAAAAAUUCAGUCCUUUCCAUGCAAAUAUUACUUAUUCUUGACUUUUUCCACUAUUAAAAACACUUUACUAAUGAACUUUUGUCCAUCUUACCCUUUGCAUGAGACUGUGAGUACUUUGGAAACUUGAAUUUCUCCAGAUAAGCCACAUGGGGACUUGAAUUUCCAGCUGAAGAGUUCUAAACUGUAUGCUCAAAGACAAGUCCAAUUGUAUCCUAUUCCAAGCCCACCUUUUUGGGUGCUCCCUUCAGAACUUUCCCCAAACCAUACAGAUAGCCUUGUUUUUGAAGGCAGCCUUAGGGGUAAAAGAGUAGAGGGUGGGUGUUGGAUGCACUGAAGAUUACAAGGUUCUUUAUUGCAAUGUCUGAAGAAUCUUCUAUUUUUACAGCCAGCAAACCAGAAAUUGAAGUGGGAGAAUGGAAAAGUGGGCCUUUAAUUCCCAUCCUAUAUUCCUUUUCUGGUUUAAGAGACAUGGUUCAGUCUGUCUCAGUGCUGUGACCUAUCGAAAAGGACUGCUAUUCAAAAGGAAAUAAGCCAGGACCUUGUCAGGUGGGUCUCCGACACCAGCAGUGAGGUGCUGACCCUGAAGCCUCCAUUGGAGGUAAGGGGUCUCACUUCAAUCAACUUUGGAGGCAAUAGGUGAAACUGGCAUAGCAUAAGGCCCCCCAUCUGAAAGAAGUUUUUGCACCAGGGUCAUAGUGUUUCCAUAUGGCUACCAUAUGUUACGUUCGUAUGUAGGUACCUGCUCUCUAACCUUGGCAGAGUGAGAGUGGAAAAGGCUGGGACACUUGAAUGGGGUGGUGGUUUGAAUUCUGGAACAACCUAAUAUAAGAAGCAGCUGACUUUGAUAGGUUAUGAUACUCAGGCAAAAACAAUAAGCUGGUUGUAUUGUCAGUUACUUAGUUCCACUUUGCAAGAAACCUUUAAGGAAGGUAUCUUGAGGUUUUGAGUUUUCCUCCCUCUUCUUUUUCCCCUUUUCUCCUUUUUAGUUGAAUAUCUCUAUGUAGACAAUCAGAGGUCUGCCAGGUAGGGACUCCUGGUUGGUACCAGCACCAUGUUUAGGCCUCUUUCAUAUACUAACUCAUUGGAACUGAUGCACUUUGUUUCCUGUAUUUUGCCUUUUUUAUUAGCUGCUUGUUUGGAACAAAAUGAAAUGCAUACUGUGUUGUGAUCUUCCUGCUUGCUGUUUUUUCCUUAAUUUCAAGCGUUAUGCAUCAAGGGUAAAAUACUACUUAAGGAGAAAUAUGCACAAACAAAUAUGCCUAUUGAAAAUAAUGUCCAUCAUGUUUGGUAGGUGUAGUGACUUCAAAGGAUUUUAAAAACUAUUUUAGAUGGGUAUUUUGCUUGUUUCCUUGUAAAUAAGAAUGUAAAUAAGUUUGUGGUAUGACAGUUUUAAGUGAUUGUAAAAAAAAUUA